AGUCACAUCAUACAAGUCUGACACGUCGAGAAAGGACCAGGAACCGCUGCGAAUUCAAACCCUGAAGAAGAGACCAGAGGAGCUGACAAGGUGUUACAAAGAAAAAGGGAUUCUGACAUGCACUGGCAGAAAUCACCGAAGGAGAAGCCGUGUUACACUCUUCCCACAGUGAAGAAACUCCUGGAGCAGAAGAGGAAGAGGGAGACCUCCUCGACGGCAACAACCAGUACCGGUGUCCCCACUGCCACUGUCCUCUCCCAACAGGUGUCAACACCAGAGAAGUCUACCUCAACAGGUGUAGCCAGCAGCUACUCAGACAUGGCAGUGGGGUAUGAGAGAUGGGGUCCUAUGGAUGAGCACCAAGCCCUCUCGGCCAUACAUGAAGGUCCAUUCUCCCCUAUGGGGAACAAUUACUUCUCCAGCCCAUCCUCCUCAAUGGACUACAGCCAAACUCCGGCCUACAGCACUCAGAUGGCCUCCAGCUACAGCACACAGCAGAUUCAGGACUACUCAGACACCAGGAUGCCCCAGUGUUAUACGGAGUGUCCAGUGACCGAGGCUGUGUCUAGUUUGGUUCCUUCAGGGCCCCUGCAGUCUGCUGUCUUCUCCUGGUCAUCGGGGGCCCUGGGCCCCACAGAGCUUGUCCAGCAGGUGUUUAGUGGCCAGAUGGAUGUCAUUAAGCUGGAGGAAGCCAGGAUGUUCCUCAGAGGGAUGGACUACAGCAGAACCACCUGGCAGGAUGACGACGGAGACACGAUUCUGCACAUCUACACAGCCAAGGGCCUGAGGGAGUAUGCAUUUGCUGCAGCAGAGAGGCUUGCUGAGCUGGGCAAGCUAGACUCCAAGGAACACAAGGGGAAGUCUGCUUUGCUGGUGGCGGUGACUGCUAACCAUCCAGAAAUCGUCCAGGAUCUGUUGUCUUUAGGAGCGGAUAUAAAUGCCUGUGAUGUCAAAGGUCAAACAGCACUUCAUCUUGCUGCCACCUAUGGCUUCCCCAGGGUUAUGCAGGUUAUUCUCUCCAUUGGGCCUGGAGUGAACCUGGAGGCUCGCAAUUUUGAAGGUCUGACUCCUCUGCACUGUGCAGCCAUCUCUCACAGUGACACCAUGAAGACUCUCUCCUCCCUCUCCUCCACCGGGCUGGGUGAUGCCAGCCUCCAUGCCCUGGCAGAGGAGAAGCUCUCCUGGCUGCAGAUGCUACUCAACACUGGAGCCUCCCUGACCAGCCAGGAAAUCAAAAGUAACAAGACUGUUCUUCACCUGGCUGUGAAGGAGGGGAACAUCCAGCUGGUUCGCCAUCUGCUGAAGACCCCCCUAGACAACAUGAGGGACUUUGUCAACAUGAAGGCCCAUGGUCAUACUGCGCUGCACAUGGCUGCUGGUCUCCAUGGCAGCCCACACCAAGAGGAGAUGCUGAGGCUGCUGCUGGGCCGAGGGGCCGACCCCAGCAUCCGCAACCUGGAGAACGACCAGCCUGCACACCUGCUGCAGAGUGGACCCCACGGGGAACAGCUCAAGCUCAUCCUGAAGAAGAGAAGUGCUUCCUCUCGUCGACGUGUAAUGUCCUUACAGGACCAAUAGUGACCCGGACUACUUUUUAUGUCCCUGUGUAUCCCUCCACCUCUUUUCAGAGGAAGUACUGAAGGUCUGCACUGUAGGUUGAAUCCAGACAUCUGUACUUCCAAGAGGGAGGGAUUCUAGCGUAUCUUCAUGUGAGGAUUUUCAAACACGGCAAAUCUCUAAUAUAUACUAGGGCAUUCACUUUGAAACUAUAUGUUUGAUUGACAUGAUUUUGGUCACUAUCUGAAUUCAGUUCUGAAUUUAAUAAUGGCUAGCUAGUAAUGAGCAAUGGUAACAGGUGGUAUUCCAGUCCCCCCUGAUAUUACUGUCACUCAGUACAACCUUGAUUUCUAUGAAAUCGUUUACAUUAUAUUCAAAGCUGCACAGACUCAUUGUGUGAGUACCCCCCAGCCGGGAAGCCCUCUUUAGAGGUAUAUCUGAGGAGGGUUUCUGGGCUCCCACCCCCACUCAUUCUCUUGUCAAAACUUCCCACCAUGGUCAGAAAUCAUAUUGGUUUGUUGAAAGGUGGUUGUUGUUUCACUAAGCAUGUGACACAGUGUACCAUUGUGCUCAUGCUUUCAAUGUCUUUUAUAACUUAACUAGGUCUUUCUUUUUAUAUUUGAUAUACUCACAGCGCUCAUUGAAUAGCUAACAUAUUGUCAGUGGUGGAAAAAGUACUCAAAAAUCAUACUUGAAUAAAAGUAAAGAUACCUUAAUAGAAAAUGACUCAAGUAAAAGUGAA